AACGAUCGCGGUUUACGAGCGGGGCUGGAAUUUUCGUUUCGGUCGGGGGCUAAGUUUUUCUUUUCCCUCGGCCGCCACGCUCUCGACUCGGAAUUGUCGGUGCAUACAAGUGGUCAACUUGACAGAGACUCGACGGACUGUCAAUGAGGUUCCAGCUGUGCCCAUCCUGUGCCGUGAUAACAAUUAUUCUCUCUAUAGCGGGUCGAGCUGGCACGUUUCUGCUAGCCCCACCACGGCCGGGAUAGGACGUCGAGCUUCGCUCGUCGAAUCAGUCAUUGACCAGCCUUUGAAGUUUACACGACACCGACGUCGCUGCCGAGAGAGCCCACCUUCGAUUCUUCGAAUAGAAAAUGGAGAACCGAAAGCGAGCCGACGAGGCGCCGAGAAGAAGCUCCUGAAACGUGGGUGUCAUAUCCUUCGAGGGUUCUCCAAACGUUCGCGGGAUAUCCGGGAAUUCUGCCUAAAUUUAUCAGGAAUUUUUCGCGAGUUCUCCGGUUCAGUUCUUCGGCUCUCCAAGAGUCGUCGAGCUGAUCUCGUUCUCCGGACGGAUAAAAAAGCGGAAAAUGUGAGAAAGAGUCGCCGCUCCGAAAAGCCGUCCUUCCACAAAAGUGUGAACGUGAUUUUGAAAGGCGAAGCUGAAAGGAAACCGCUAGAAAUUGAAACCUGAAAAGAAGUCCGGUUCUCCAUCAGGCAGUCGUUCUUGCUCGUGAAAUCUCACUCGGCGUGGAGCGAUAGAGUUAUUGAAGAAUAACGGGAAUUUAAUGUCUUCAAGAAACGCUUGAGGAGCUGUCACUGAUCUUCCUCAACGCCAAGGUGAAACGAAAGCCUGAAACGUAAAUAAUAAUAUAGGAUUAAGAGAGAGAUCGUGAGAAACUCCGGAAAUCCCCGGACGAACGCGUCCAAUGGCCCCCUCGCUUAAUAUUUGAUAUUAUUUAAUUUUUUUUUUAAAGAAAAGGACUUACGCCUUAUGUUUAGAUUCUUCUCUGGCAUUGUUUGAAUAAAAAAUAUAUAUUACAAAUUGUUAACAACACGUUUGGAGACGCCACGAUGCGAGCACUAGAUCUGGAUUUAAGCUCGCAAGUCGCCUUAGGGCGUCGCGACGCCGUUCCGAGGAUCGGCCUUCUCGGCUAGAAAGUGCGUCCGGGAUUCCUCUUGAGUUUCCGCGAUCUCGGAUAAUCAGGCCGAGAUAACGCAAUGGACAAACGAGCGUCCGCGUUCGAUUCGCGCUGAGACCGCGGAGAGACUCGUGCGGCACCCCCGAAGAGGACGUCGAAGAAGAGGAGGAGGCCGACCUUGGGCGACGUCGCCGAGGUGCUAAAGACGUCAGGACCCGGCGUGGUCCCAAACGAUUAGCGUCGUUUCUCCGGAGGAGGGAAAACAAGGGGUCACGCGCUUCGGAAAUCCGCGUGAUCCGCCAUUCCUCUUUUCCUUGGAGAACGCCGAGUCGCGGCCGGACAGAGAAGCGAAGACCGCCAACGAAGGACGCCGCGAGUGGAGAACGAGGUGGCUCGGUUGCACUUGAGCCGCCAUCAUGGAGAACGACCCGGGGAGGCUCAGGCCGCCCGAAGAACCGGGGAAGAGACGCGUCUCCAUCAGUGAUCAAGUUCUCGGGGUCGAUAAUCCCGCCUUCGAUCACCAUCGGCGAAUAAGUGCCAGCUCCGAGCCCAAUUCCGAGCCCGGGAGACGGAAGUCGAUUUUGCAUCACAGCAAUGGCGGCAGUUCCGAAAAUAUCCCGCAGCACAAGUUCGACUUUGAAAAUGGCCGCGUCAACGGGACCACCAGGAAAAAAUCGGCGAUGAGCCUGACGAGCUCCAUCAGGGACAAAAUCGAGUAUUCCGAGGAACUCGAAAGAUCAUGGUUGUAUCUAUUUUGCGCAAGAUGUCACGGCCGUGACGACACGCCAUCCUGGGAGCCCCCGGGAUGGAGGAAAGCGUGUCCCCAGCCCUUCUGCCCGACCUACAGGAAGUUCGCCAGAGUGCUGUGCCUCUUCCUCUUGGGCCUGUUGCUCUGGGGCAUCGUCUUCUCCAUCAUCGGCGAAGACGCCGCCCCUGGGGGGCCUCUCUUCGGUUUGGCAUCCCUCUGCAUAGCCGCACAUUUCGGGGGUUGGCUCUUCUCCUUGACGACUUUGCCUGCCCUGAUCGGCAUGCUCGUCACCGGCAUCAUCUUCCAGAACGCCGGCCUCGUCACCAUAGAAGGAAGCUACGGCACCAUCGUCGCCAAUCUUCGGAAAGUCGCCUUGGUGAUCAUUUUAACGAGGGCCGGGCUGGACCUGGACCCCGACGCCCUGAAGAAGCUGAAGCUGACGGUGCCGAAAUUGGGCCUCAUCCCCUGGUGCGUCGAGGCCUUCGUCGUGGCCGUCUCCACCCGGUACUUGAUAGGACUGCCCUGGAUCUGGGGUUUCCUCCUGGGGAGCAUCAUCGCCGCGGUGUCGCCCGCCGUCGUCGUUCCCUGCCUCUUCAGGUUGAGAGAAAAAGGCUAUGGAGUUGCGAAGGGUAUCCCGACGUUGAUCAUCGCCGUUGCAGGGAUCGACGACGCAGCUUCCGUGGCGAUCUAUGGGAUCGUUAAGAGCGUAAUGUUCUCCCAUGACGCAUUAUGGUAUCAGAUCCUUCAAGGACCAAUCGCCAUUAUCGGAGGUCUCGGAUUCGGAGUCGCUUGGGGUUGGCUGGCGAAAUAUGUCCCCGAACAAGGAGACCCCUUCAUGGUCCCCCUGAGGGUUCUGAUGCUGCUGGGAGGAGGGAUGCUGGCUGUUUUUGGCAGCGAAGCUAUCGAGCUGGGAGGAGCUGGUCCAUUGGCAGUGGUGGCUGCUGCCUUUGUCAGCUGUUACUUCUGGCAAAAACAAGGAUGGGAGGUGGACGAUAACCCGGUGGCGACGUCCUUCGAGAUCUUCUGGAUGAUCUUCGAGCCGAUCCUGUUCGCAGUGACCGGGACCCAGAUAAAGAUUUCGGAGCUGGAGGGUAGCACGGUGUACCUAGGCAUUGGUUGUCUUUUGGCAGGGAUCGUCAUCCGCAUCGCAGCGACCAUCUUGGUUGGCGUCGGGUCCAAGUUGAACCUGAAGGAAAAAGUGUUCAUAGCUCUGUCCUGGAUGGCCAAGGCCACUGUUCAAGCGGCCCUGGGACCAGUGACCCUGGACGAGGUGGAUUCCAAAAAUGAGGAACAAGCUACGUACGCGCAAACCGUGUUAACCCUUUGCGUCCUCUCCAUCUUGCUGACGGCCCCUACCGGGGCAAUCGUCAUCUCCUUGUCAGGCCCAAAGCUGCUGACCAAGACCACUGUCCCUGUGGUCCAGCCCGAGGGCUGGAGGACUCGCAGACCCUCUAUCAGGGACAUCUCCAUCAUCAACGAGGACCCCGACCUGGAGGAGAACGCCGAAGAGAGGAAACCCUGACCUCCGAGGCACCGGCGAUUCUGUAACUUGAAGCGAGAUUAGACCUGGAGCUAGACGCAAAGAGUAUUCGUCGUCGAUUAAGGUCCCGACCUGCCAUGGAGAUUUUGUACCUUCAACCGAGACUAGAUGCCAGGAACUAGAUCUAGAGCUGAACGCUUUGCAUCCUCUCCAUCUUGAAUAACUUUUGCUGAAAGCAACUGCCAAAGCUAUCGCUCCAUAUCGGAUCUGAAGUUUCUGACCAGGACCACUGUCCCGUAGUUCAGCUCCAGGUCUGCAGAACACGCGGAUCUUCCAUCGGGAACGAGGGGACGUCCUGGAGGGGAACGCCGAAGAUAGGAAACCCUGAUUUCUGAAAUGGGGAUUUUGUAUCUUGAAAUGAAACUUGAUAACGAGGACUAGAGGUCUCGUAGGCUUGGAGCUGAGGUAAGCUGGGUCUUAUCGUUAACAAGAAACUGUGCAUUCUGUGUAUAUAUCCUUAUCAAUAUAUCCUACCGCGAGGGCAUUAUUUGUAGAUUUCUCGCUGAAAGCGGAAAUCCAUAUAGUUAGGAUCGAAAUAUUGUCUAAUUGUAGUUAUGUUGUUUAGUCGAUUUUAAUUGUAAAAUCAGAAACAAGCGAGCGUGCCGAAUUAGGAAUAAAAUUAUUUUCGGUAAAUUGGAUAUGUGUUAGUUUUUUAUUUUAAUGCUUGCAUUCUUCUUUCGUGCCCUCGUCAGAUUUCUUGAAGGCACUUUUAGAAGUUAAACGAAUAAACGAUGAAUUAAGAGGAA